GCGGUCGAUUUCCCGGAGCUGUUCAGCUUUGUAGCGAUUGAACUUGCUCCUUCUUCUUCCUUCGCUGUCUCUGUUACCUGGGGAAGCGAGGUACAGUAGGUCGUAUCUAAAAACCGCGCACGGAACCCGGUGGAUCGUGCGAGCGCAGCUUAGUAAGUACCCGGGCAAUGAAGAGGAGGAGGAGGUGCCGGUUUCUGCAGUAUGUUUCGUGUUAACAAGCAGAGAAUUCCCAGACCUGUCACCAGGAACUUGGAGGAUCUGGAUUCGGUUCAGAGUAUCCUACUGCACAGUGACCUUGAACCCGAAUGGCUGGAUAGUGUACAGAGAAAUGGAGAAUUGUUUUACCUUGAACUGAGUGAAGAUGAGGAAGAAACCGUCCUUCCUGAUAGCUCUCUAAAUGUGCCUGUGGUGAACCACGUCAGAUUUUGUGAAAAUGAAGCUGAGGUUAUUCACAUGGGAUCUGAAAAAGGUAGAAAGAAUAAAUGUAGACUGGAGAAAUUCACUAAAAUAUUGCAAAAUAACAGCCUUUUACCAAAACAAUCUGGUAAGAAGAAAGCAAGUGUGAAACAUGAUGUCCAUGCUUCUCACCCAGCAUCCAUACUGAAGCACAGUUCAAGUCAGAAAAUGGGAGAUGUAGCCCAGCAUCGAUAUAAAGAUGUCUCAAUUUAUGUAAAUCCAAAGAAACUAUCAAAUGUUGAAACUGGAGAACAAGUGAAGCUUCUUGAAUCAUUAAUAGGGAUUAUCCAUCAGUCUCCAUGGAGAAAAGAUGAAAAAUGUAGAUACAGUUCUAAUGAAGAGAAACUUAUUGUACAUGGCUUGAUCCCAGGCAGUUCAGCAAUAAAGUCUGGUCAUAUCCUGAUUGGAGAUGCCCUUGUUGCCAUAAAUGAUGUUGAUGUAAACUCUGAAAAUAUAGAAAGAGUUUUGUCUUGUAUUCCUGGUCCUAGGCAGGUGAAGCUUACAUUUGAAACAUCAGUCUUUGAAACAUCCCCACAAAGAUGUAAGCAGUCAGAAUCUUCUAUGCAAAACCUAUUGAAAGUCCUUUGGAAAAGCCAUAACAAUGACGAACAAAUCAACAUCCAGAGUAUACCACAUAUUAUUAUGUACCUCUCACUCAAAUUGGAUUCCGAUACAUCUAAAGAGGAGCAAGAAAUACUUUACCUGUAUCCCAUUUCGGAAGCUUCACAAAAACUGAAGAGUGUAAGAGGCAUAUUUCUAACCCUGUGUGACAUACUGGAAAACAUUACAGGAACUCAUAUCAUCAGUUCAUCUAUGUUUUUAUGUGGGAAACUUAUCCAUGUGGCAUACUGGAAGGAAUCUGACAAGCUUCUUGUAAUUGGUCUCCCAGCUGAAAGUGUACCACUCUCUCAGUUAAGGAACAUGGUGGCAGAUGUUGUCCGAACAUUGACAUUCAUGUAUAGCUCUCUGGACAGUGCUUUUUGUCAGGUGGAGAACAUUUCCCGGUUGGAUCACUUCUUUAGCCUGUUCUUCCAACAAGCCCUUCGACCUGCAGAGCUCAACUCUGGUGCCAGCCCUAGUUCUGAUCACUAUGAUAAGUGCAGUGCAUUGCUUUUAUAUGGCUUUCCUGGAGUGCGAUGGCUGUCUCUGCCACAAGAAAUUAAGAUAGAAAUUGAUACAGCUUUGAGUGACUUGGAGUCUGCAGACUUUGGAGAACUAUCUGAAGAUUAUUAUGACAUGAGACGGCUUUAUACUAUAUUGGGCUCAUGUCUCUUCUACAAGGGAUAUUUAAUUAGUAAUCACUUGCCCAAAGAGAACCUCAUUGAUAUUGCAUUAUAUAGCAGGCAUUAUUGCCUCCUGCCCUUGGCAUCAGGAAAACGUGUUGGUCAGUUGGUAAUAUGGCGAGAAGUGUUUCCACAACAUCAUUUCCAAGUAUGUAAUACAUCUUAUGAAGGAUAUGGAGAACCCAAAGGAAGAUAUUUUUUACUCAUAGUUGGUUUGAGACAUUUUAUGUUGAGUGUUUUGUUAGAAGCAGGUGGUUGUUCUUCCAAAGCCAUUGGAAAUCCAGGACCAGAUUGCAUAUAUGUGGAUCAGGUCAAAGCAACUAUCCUUCAGUUGGAUGGAAUAGAACUGAGCAUAGAUGACACGUUAGAAUCGCCUUCCACACCAUUGGUGUCUUGCAUAGAUUGGUUCUUCCCUUCAUCACAUGACAAACUGGAGAGCUUGGCCAACUUGUCUCUUCUCAACAAACUGCAGCAUUCAUCAAACACCAGAACUUCUCCAGCAAGAAAUAGAGUGACUUCUAGCAAUCCGGCAUUAAGGAUGCGUAGGCCUAGCCCUUUAAGAAAUAGUGGAGGUUCUGACAACAUUAAUAACAGUCAUGAAGUACGAAGUGUGAGCUCUAAUGUAUAUUCUGCCCAAUCCAAAAGUCCAGGUGGAUUUGAUGGAAGUAGUAAUGUCUUUAAGAUUCCUAAAAAGAAGAAUGUUCUCUCAAACCCAUUUAAUUUAGGAACUCUGAAAAAGAAUUUUUCAGAGAAGGAAGCUGAACUAUAUAAUGUUAUGAAGCUGACAUCUGGUCCUGAGAACACCCUAUUCCACUAUAUUUCUUUAGAGACAAUGCAUGGAAUUUUUAUCACUCCAACACAUGCUGAAGUAGAACAGCUCUGUGGGACUAUCCAUCGCCAACUCAUGAAGAACUUCCAUCGCUGUUGCCUUUCCAUCCGUAGUAUCUUACAGCAAACUGUGAUGACAGAAACCAAGAAGACUGGGCAAAAUUUAGACUCCAAAAAAGCAAAUUCUGAGUUGCAUAAAGUGAAAGAACAUGGUGUGCUCUUUGAAUGCACUCCUGACAAUUGGAGUGACCCAAAGAAACCCCCACCAAGUGUAACAUACUGGGUUGUAGGGAGACUGUUCCUAAAUCCAGCCCCUCGGGAGAUUUAUGUUUGUUUUCAUGAUUCAGUCACAGAGGUUGCUGUUGAACUAGCUUUUAAGCUAUCCUUUGGCUUAGCUCUGUAGAUUUGUUUAGCUGUACUGCCAUCACAAGCAAAGCUGUAAAACCUCCCUAGGCACUUGGUGCACAAAUAUGAAUUGUCAUGGUUUUGUCUGGGCAUUCUUUGGAAUUUUCCUCUGGAAUAACCUGCUCUAUGGAUAAAUUUUUAAAACAUUCAUAAUAACACUUGGAUGUCAUCAACUGCUCUUCUCAAAAGAAUAACCUCAAAAUACUUUGGGGGAAAAAUCUUUUUAAGUUGUGAUAUAUCUGUGCUAUGAAGUUACAAAUUUUCACAUAGAAGGGCUAUACUUAAGAAAUGUAUGUAGCAUACAAUGUGUACACAUGCAUUUUUCUUGGAGAUGUUUCCUGCUCAGCAGACGCUUCCUUAAAACCUCCAAACAUUACAGACUUUAUCCAAUAAGGUUUAUGUGCACCUUCUGAAAGAUCAGACACAAAGAAAGCACUUGUGCAUCCACUGUUCUGGACCUCAACCAAGGGAGCAUAUUAUACACUUCACUAUAUUUUGUGUUAUACAAAGCACUCAAGGACUUAUGCUUGGAAUUCUGGGGUGAAAGUUCAAUUAUGGGGAAAGCCUUGAAUUUUUUCUGGCAUUAUUUUAUAUAAUAAAGGAGACUACCUUACUUUAAAGGGCUAAAAUAUUUUGUAAUAUAAAAAUGUUAUCUAUAAUUAUGCAAAUUUUAAAAAUACUUGCUGUAUAGUUAAUAGAAGAAGACAAGCAUAGGGAGAUAUUUACAAU